UUUAAAAAAAAGCGGUUAAUUAAAUAUUUAAAAGAGCCUCGUGGUCGUCUCCCUUGGCCAUUUGGAGCGGCGAGAAAGAGAGAGAAGGGAGAGAAGAUAGAGACAGAAACAAGAGGAGGAAUCUGGUGUUCCAUUUUGAUCGCUCGAGAUGACUUGGCACAAGCAGGUGCAAUGCUCCACCUCAAGGCCAUUCCUCCAUGUUUAGCAUCCUUGACCCUCCUGGCAUGGCCAAAAGGCGCCUCAAUGCUGUGGUGCCCAAGAGAAAAUUCUCCUCUACAGUUGCACUGAUCCUGCUCCUUCUCCUCCUCCCUGCAAGCGUCGUCGCAAUCUUCUUCCAUGGCCGUAAGAUCUCCUACUUCCUUCGGCCCAUUUGGGACACUCCACCACGUCCCUUCAUCAGCAUUCCCCACUAUUAUGCUGAGAAUGUGUCUAUGGAACACCUCUGCCACCUCCAUGGCUGGACUCAUCGCCUCCAUCCACGCCGUGUGUUUGACGCCAUUAUCUUCAGUAAUGAAGUCGACAUGCUUGAAAUCCGGUACCAUGAACUAUUUCCUUAUGUGCAUAAGUUUGUGAUCCUUGAAUCAAACACCACCUUCACUGGCAUCCGCAAGCCACUCUACUUCCUUGAGAACCUCCAGAGGUUCGAAUUCGCAAGCUCAAAGAUCAUCCAUGAUGCAUUGCCAGGUGACGGCAGUCGCAGGUGGCACAAAAAUCCCUUCCAAUUUGAGUCUAGGCAGCGGACUGCUGUUGAUGCUCUUCUCCGCAGGUCAGGGAUCAGCCCAGGGGAUGUCGUGAUUAUGGCAGACGCUGAUGAGAUCCCGAGCCACCAGACAGUGCAGCUGUUGCAGUGGUGUGAUGGUAUACCACCAUUGAUGCACCUGGAGCUCAGAGAGUACUUGUAUUCCUUUGAGUUCCCGGUGGGCUAUGGUAGCUGGCGAGCCACCGCCCAUGUUUACAGGCCAGGGACAGGAUACCGGCACUCACGGCAGACAGACCUGAUCUUGGCUGAUGCUGGGUGGCAUUGUAGCUUUUGCUUCAGAAAGAUAGAAGAGUUUGUGUUCAAGAUGACAGCAUACAGCCAUGCAGACCGAGUGAGGUGGUCGAGCUUUCUGGAACAUUCGAGGAUUCAGAGGAUCAUUUGUCGGGGAGAAGAUCUGUUCGACAUGUUGCCUGAGGAGUAUACGUUCAGGGAGCUGUUUAAGAGGUUGGGCCCUAUGCCAAAAUCAGGUUCAGCUGUUCAUCUUCCUUCUUACUUGAUAGAAAAUGCCGAAAGGUUCAGGUUCUUGCUGCCUGGUGGAUGCUUAAGGUCCGGAUAGUGAGGUUUCUUCCUUUGUGCUUAGCCCCUGGCUGGGGAACAAGGAUUCUCAUAGGUAGAUCUCCAAAGCAAGUUAACUUAAGAAUAAAUUUUGGUUUAUCAAGUUAGUGAAAAUGAGGCUACAGAUAUAGCUAAAUCCAGUCACCUUAGAAUGUGGAUUUCAUAAGCAAAGAUCAAAAAAUGGUGGUAGAAAAAGUUCAGCACCAACAGUAUUUUGACAGUUAGGUUAUAAAAGAAAUAUCCCCUUGAUGACACUUCUUUUUUUUUUUUCCAAGUUAUAUUUCCUUGCUUUCAGAUAAUUGCUUAAUGAAGAGAAUCAGGAAGAGGGGCCUUCUUUAAUCCAUAAUUCUUUCAAUGUCCUUUUAAUGUUUGUUAGGGUAUAAUGAGUUGUAAGGAUUUAACCACAAAAUGAACAGAUCUUUACUUUGUUUUGAUAGGAGGAAGAUUACCCUGCCCUGUUUUACUGCUUCUCUGUGCCCCCUUCUUACUCAGAUGUCUCUCAGCACUUUUAAGCACAUUCAGAACUGCUUCUGAACAGUGUCUGGGUGUCAAUAAUGCAGAUCGCAUAGCAUUAACUACAAAACCAUUUGCAACAUUGAAAGCUUGCAACAACAACCA